AUGUCUUUAUUUUUAGAGAUAUAAAUGCAUGUUGGGGUAUCAAAUAUGUGGAAAUUCUGUCUGGAUAUUGUCCCGCAAAGUGUACAACAUGUUCUGAGAAAUUAAAAUGUUCUUAAUGUAAUAAGAGUUAUUACCUAUCAAAAUAAAAUUGCUUUUAUUUUUGUUUUUGGUCCUCAAUUCAAGGAGGAUGGAAAAUUUAUUCUUUAUCUUGAUGAUAGUAUUUAUGAAGUGACAAAAUCUAGCGCUUAAAAAAAAAUAUUCAAGAAUUAUUAACAUUCUUAAAGUACACUCAAAAUUGAUUGGGAAUGUUAAGGAUUAAGUAAUGAGCCUAUUGAAGCUUAUUGUGGAUUAUAUCAAUUUUAUACUACUAUUCAUUAUUGUCGACCAGAAUGUUAAGCUUGCAUAAAUGAAAUCGACUGCUAAGACUCAACCACAAAUGUAUUGAAAACAUGUUCUUAAUUAAAUGAAUACUAUGAUUGGUAAUAAAAUGAAUGUUUAUGUUGUCCAUCAACUUGUGAAACUUGCACCUCCUUAUAAAAUUGUUUAACAUGUAAGAAUGGAUUUGUUAAUCCCAUUAUGGGUUGUAUUUGUCCUCCUAAUUAUUUUUAUAAUAAAAAUCAAUAAGAAUGCAUUUAGUGCUCUUAAAAAUGCGAUAAGUGUAUAAAUGAGAUGGUUUGCACGUAAUGCGAUCUGUUAAAGUUUCGAAUGUUAAUAAAUAAUUAAUGCAUUUGUCGAGAUGGCUAUUAUGAAUAAUAGGAUACUUGUUUAGAAUGUGUUUAAUUUUGUAGAAGAUGCUCAUCAUAAAGUGACUGUUAAGAGUGUAUUUAAGGAUUCAUGUUGAAUAACCUAGAUACUAGCUGUCAAAUGCCUAUCAACUAAUAUUACGUAACAAGUAUUAAGUAAUUUUUUGCAUGUCCUACCGACUCUUUUAAUACAUAAUGUAUUUGUGGCGAUGGGAUAAUUACUUAAGCUGAAGAAUGUGAUGACGCUAAUAUAGAAAAAAAUGAUGGUUGUUACGAGUGCAAAUUGGAGGGCUAACCUCAAUGCACAAAAUGCAUACGAGGGAUAUGCUAUGAAUGUAUGACUCCAGGUUGGUAUUUGAAUCUUUCCACUGAUCUAUACGUUUGUUAAGAGCAAUGUAGUAGUAUAUGUAAAAAUUGUUAAUUCUAUUGUCGCCCAGAUUGUUUAGAAUGUGACUAUGAUUCAGGGUAUUGUUUAAUGUGCAGAGAGGGUUUAAAAUCAGUAUCUAAUUAUUGUACAAAUAUAUGUGGGGAUGGUGUAAUCGCUAAUGCUCCUGAUGUUGAGAUUUAUGAAUAGUGUGAUGAUGCUAAUUUGAAUGAUGAUAAUGAUGGUUGUUCUUCAAAUUGCAGGUUUAAAUGCUAAAGUCUACAAAUAUGUGAUAAUUGUUUAAAUAAUAGAUGUCUCCAUUGUGUUGACAUCUAUAAAUUAAACCAAAAAUUACAUAGAUGUGAAUGUAGAGAAUCCUGUCUUAUAUGUGAUUUUUCUGGAGGAAAUGGAUGUUUGUAAUGUAGAAUUGGAUAUGAAUUAAGAGAUAAACAAUGUUUCACUGUUUGUGGAGAUUAGAUUGUGACACCUGAUGAAGAAUGUGACGAUGGCAAUUUGACGUUUGGGGAUGGAUGA